CUUACAGUAGAGUCCCUCAUUGACUCUACCUCGCGUACUUGGAAUUCAGACGCAAUUCGGGCUUUGGUGGACCCUCAGGAUGCGAAACUUAUAGAAAGUAUUUCCCUAAGCAGGACUCAGCGGGUUGAUAGAGAUGGAUGGCACUUUACAAAGUGGAUGUAUUGAAGGCUUUCUGCUGGAAAAUACGGUGUUCGCCAAAGCUAAAACAUUUCCUAUGGCAACUAGUGACAGGGUGUAUAGGAGUGCGGAAGAAUUUACAAGCAAGGGGGAUUCAAGGGGAUAUUUGUUGUGCAAGAUGUGGAGCUCCUGAGGAAUCAAUAAAUCAUGUGUUUUUUGAAUGCCCUCCAGCUCUCCAAGUUUGGGCUCUUUCGAAGAUACCAUCAAAUCCAACUAUUUUCCCAACAAGUUCUCUCUUCACAAACAUGGAUCAUCUAUUCUGGAGAGUUUUACCACAGAUGGAGGAUCACCAGUUUGUAUGGAUACUAUGGUACAUCUGGAAAGCUAGGAAUAAUAAAGUUUUCAGCAAUUUGGAUAUGGACCCUAUGGAUACGCUUAAAUUGGCGGAAACAGAAUCGACAUUGUGGGCUGAGGCACAAGUUGUGAAUGACCAGAGGAUGCCACCACCAAUAAUAGAUAUGAUAUUGCCGUCGAUCCCAGGAAGAUGGUGUUUCACAGAUGGCUCGUGGAAAGAGGGGGUUACUUUUUCAGGGCAAGGUUGGCUUAGUACUUUGGAAGGUUUUAAUGGAUUGUUGGGGGCGAGGAAUGUUCGGGCUAGUCUUUCGCCUCUUCAUGCGGAGAUGGAAGCGCUACUAUGGGCAAUGGAAUGGGUCCAUCAAACCUAUUUCCCAGAGUUGCAGACAUCAGAGCUUUUGAGAGAGAGUGCGCUAGAAAGAGAAGAGAAGAAGAGCAACAGCCUCACUUGCACAGAUUGGAUAUUGAUAUGGGAGACCAACCUCAAGAUGAUGCGAACGCCAAUGGAGCCAACAACGUUCCACAACACCCACUGCGAGCAGCUCGACCUAUUGGCACUUAUAACCGCCCCAACAUUCAUGGUCAUAGACUGGGAAUCUGAGCACCGGCUGUGGCAGCUAACAACUUUGAGAUCAAAUCAGGACUCCUAA